AUGAAGAUUAAGGUGAGCAUAGCUACACCAAAGCAGAAACCCAAAACUCCAUUUUGCUUUGUCAUCAAUGCCCUCUCUCAGAGGUAUUUUCUUCAAGCUAAUGACCAGAAGGAUCUGAAGGACUGGGUGGAAGCCCUGAACCAAGCCAGCAAGAUCACCGUACCCAAAGUUGGGAACCUGGCCCUGACUACUGAAGUUAUAAAAAGCCUACCAGCUCCUCCAGCCCUAGAGAAGAAGCCACAGGUGGCCUACAAGACAGAGAUCAUUGGAGGGGUGGUGGUACACACGCCCAUCAACCAGAAUGGUGGGGAUGGGCAGGAAGGGAGUGAGCCCGGGUCCCACACCAUCCUUCGAAGGUCUCAGAGUUACAUCCCCACGACAGGCAGCCGUGUUCCCUCCGGGCCCCCCCUCAUUAAGAGCGGCUACUGUGUGAAGCAAGGGAAUGUGCGGAAGAGCUGGAAACGUCGCUUCUUUGCACUUGAUGACUUUACUAUCUGCUACUUCAAGUGUGAGCAGGACCGAGAACCACUGCGCACUAUAUUUCUCAAGGACGUUCUCAAGACCCAUGAGUGUCUGGUCAAAUCUGGGUAAUCAUCUGUGCUUAUUCUUUUCUGAUAAAAAUCCCCCAUUUGCCUGCUUAAAUCUUCAUUUACUACCCUUCUAAGGCUCUAUUCAAGAACCUUCUUCCAUGCACAUGACAGGGGCUGGCAUCUCACCGCAUCCCAACUGAUGCAGCUAAGAGACCAUACCGGGCAAGCUCAUCUUUUCCCACUACCUUACUCUGGCUCCUGAGGAGAUGGGUGGAGCCUAUAUAAUAAUUUUCUGGUGGAGAAAAAGAAAGAAUAUUGGGAAGAAAAAAGAGACUGGUGUUGGGAUGCUUCUCAAGUGUUAGAUGCUCAUUGCCCAGGAGGCCCAGGGCUUCGAGUGGGGACUGUGCCCUUAGGUUUCUCACUUAUCAGCACUUCUGGUCAGAUCAAUGGGAUGCCAGUGCCUCUUCCCUGACCUUCUUAUGCCUUCUUCUCCUUUUGACAAAGUCCCUGACGUCCCCUUAACACAAGGGUGAUUCACAGCAACUCUGUGCGUGUGACUCCCUUUGGACAUUUCCGCUUCCCAUUAGGAAAUGAUUUACCUUCCGUGCCAUAGUGCAUGGGAUGAGUUUGGGAUCUGGGGCCCUGAGGCAAGGGCCUUCCCAUAUCCAGUACAAAUACAGAUGCCCUUAGAACUAAACUUCAGAAACCCAAGGGUAUCUGGGCAUCUAGAAGUCCUCCUUUUGCCCCU